AUGACUAAAAGUAACGGAGAAGAUCCAAGAUCUGGAAAUAGGAUGGAGCGCUUUCAGCAAGGAGUACGGAAACGUACACUCCUGGCAAAAAAGAAGGUGCAGAGCAUAACUAAGGAAGAUGUUAAAGGUUACCUAGUGAGGAAUGCCUUUGUGCUCCUCACCGUCACUGCUGUCAUUGUUGGCACAAUCCUUGGAUUUUCUCUCCGACAAUACAAAAUGAGCUACCGGGAAGUCAAGUACUUUUCCUUUCCAGGAGAACUACUGAUGAGAAUGUUGCAGAUGUUGGUCCUACCACUCAUCGUAUCCAGUUUAGUUACAGGAACGGCUGCCCUGGAUAGUAAAGCAUCAGGGAAAAUGGGAUUGCGAGCAAUAGCCUACUACAUGAGUACUACGAUCAUUGCUGUAAUUAUUGGUAUAAUCAUUGUGGUCAUCAUCCACCCUGGGAAAGGUACAAAGGAAAAUAUGCACAGAGAAGGCAAAAUUAUGAAAGUGACAGCAGCAGAUGCCUUUCUUGAUUUAAUCAGAAACAUGUUCCCUCCAAACUUGGUGGAAGCCUGCUUUAAACAGUUCAAAACGAACUAUGACAAGAGAAUGUUUAGAGUACCAAUUCCACCCAAUGAAACAUCCAUUGUGGCUUCCGUAAUAAACAAUGUAUCAGAGGCAAUGGAAACCCUAACUCGAAUGAAAGAGGAGGUGAUCCCUGUUCCAGGUGCCGUCAAUGGAGUGAAUGCAUUGGGACUGGUGGUCUUCUCAAUAAGCUUCGGAUUGGUGAUUGGGAACAUGAAGGAGCAAGGGCAGCCAUUAAGACACUUCUUUGAUAGCCUUAAUGAAGCUAUCAUGAGAUUGGUAGCUCUAAUCAUGUGGUAUGCCCCACUUGGUAUCAUGUUCUUGAUUGCUGGGAAAAUUGUUGAGAUGGAAGAUAUGGGUGUGAUUGGUGGACAGCUUGCCAUGUACACUAUAACAGUUAUCAUUGGUUUGCUCAUUCAUGCUAUUAUUGUUCUACCACUACUCUACUUCCUGAUUGUUCGUAAGAACCCUUGGGUAUUUAUUGGAGGACUUCUGCAGGCACUGAUCACAGCUUUGGGAACAUCUUCAAGUUCUGCCACCCUACCCAUAACAUUUAAAUGUCUAGAAGAUAUUAAUGGAGUGGACAAACGUAUUACAAGAUUUGUGCUCCCAGUGGGUGCUACAAUUAACAUGGAUGGGACUGCUUUAUAUGAGGCUUUGGCUGCAAUUUUCAUCGCACAGGUUAACAACUUUGAACUGAACUUUGGGCAGAUUAUCACAAUCAGCAUCACAGCUACAGCUGCCAGUAUUGGCGCUGCAGGGAUUCCUCAGGCUGGACUGGUCACCAUGGUCAUUGUGUUGACAUCUGUUGGUUUGCCUACAGAGGACAUCACUCUUAUCAUUGCAGUGGACUGGUUCUUGGACCGUCUCCGUACCACUACAAAUGUCUUGGGUGACUCCAUUGGUGCAGGGAUAAUUGAACAUUUGUCACGGAAUGAGCUGAAGAAGAGGGAUGCUGAGAUGGGUAAUUCUGUGAUAGAGGAGAAUGAAAUGAAAAAACCAUACCAAUUGAUCUCACAGGAAAAUGAGAGUGUAAAACCAUUAGACAGUGAAACCAAGAUGUAG